AUGAAGUUUGAGGCCGCAGAGCCUUCGACAGCCUACCAUAUUUCCAACUCAACAGCUCCUCCUUCCAACUCCUUUCCCGCUACGACUUCAGCUACGACCGAAUAUCCAGAGGCCUCGACAGCAGAAUACGUUCCUUCGGCUACGGGACUGUCUGCUUUGGCCUCUGCUGCCUCUGACCAGACCUCUUAUAUACGGGCGUACGAUAAUGCAGAUAAUUCGAACAGCAACCAUAAUGCCAGCCAGAGCGUAAACUAUGCGACCUCAGCGCCGACCGCAACCAAUGGAGGACAAGGUAGCACCACGGUAAGCACACCAUGCAGCAGCCUCAGACAACCAAGCACACCCAAUCUAUAUCCGUCGACUAUCUUCCCGUCCAUUACUCUGGCUUUUAUAUGCCUGCUUCUUCCCCCUGCGGCUUGCAGUACACUGCUCUCCUUUUUAGGAAUAGCUGGGCCAGGAAAAUGGCUUGGCGGUUAUUAA